AUGGUCCCUUCAAAAUUCACUCUUUUGGCCUUCAUAGCUCUGUUCAUUCUACUUUCAGGUGGUGAAGCAAGAGAAGCUGUGUGGUCUGGCAGCAAAGUAAAUUCGCUGUGUUGCAGCGAGCAGCAACAGUUUGGAAGAUGUGAUACAAAAGAAGCUGACGAAAGAUGUGAACAGAUGUGUCUUGCUGGUUGUUCACUAAACAAAGGUGGCGGUUGUCAAGCUGUUCCUUCUGGUUCUGCUUGUUCUUGUUACUGUGCCUGA